AUGAGUUCUCCUCCAUCAGCUUCAGUCACUCUCAUCUCCGAUUGUUUCAUCAAACCAAAAUCCAUCCCAGAAGAAUCGAAGCAACCACUCCACUUGUCUACAUGGGAUUUACGUAUGCCUUGUGCGCAAUACAUCCAAAAAGGUCUCCUCUUUGCCAAGCCGCCUUCUUCCAACAGUGAUGCCCAAAUGCAAGACCUCUUGCUGAAACUGAAAGAGUCUCUUUCCCUUACCUUGGUUCAUUUCUAUCCAUUAGCAGGUCGGCUUGCAACACUGAAACAAGAAAAUCCCCCAAUCUACACCAUCUUUGUAGAUUGUAACAACAGCCCAGGAGCCAGAUUUAUUCAUGCGUCCGUUGACUUGACAAUUGCUGAUAUUCUUUCACCCACUGAUGUUCCAGUGAUUGUUCAAUCCUUCUUUGAUCACCACAAGGCAAUUAAUCACGAUGGUCAUACUCUGUCUCUGUUGAGCAUCCAAGUCACAGAAUUGAAAGAUGGGAUCUUUAUUGGUUGCUCUGCAAAUCAUAUGCUUGUUGAUGGCACAUCUUAUUGGCAUUUCUUCAACACAUGGUCGGAGAUAUUCAAUGCCAAGGCGGAAAAUAUAGCCAUCUCCAGGCCACCAAUUCAUAAGCGUUGGAUUCCUGAAGGUUAUGGACCAGUUAUCAGCCUUCCAUUUACUCACCAUGAUCAAUUCAUCCAGAGACAUGAAGCACCACAAUUGAGGGAAAGAUUUUUCCAUUUCUCAGCGGAGUCUUUGGCCAAAUUGAAAGCAAAAGCAAAUGCUGAAUGCAACACUACUAAGAUUUCUACUUUGCAAGCAUUGUCUGCCCAUGUUUGGAGAUGCAUCAUCAGGACUAGGAAUUAUCCACCUGAUCAGGAAACGAGCUGUAGAAUGGCAACCAAUAACAGGCACAGGUUGAAUCCGCCUUUGCCGGAAGACUACGUUGGGAACUAUAUUCAGCCAGUUCAAGCCAUUGCUACUGCUGGUGAAUUGCUUGAAAAUGGGAUUGGAUGGUCAGCCUGGAAAUUGCAUCAGGCUGUCCAAAACCAUACUGAUGAAGUGAUUCGAAAAGCGGUUGAUGGUUGGUUAAAAUCGCCUGUCAUAUACCAAAUGAGCCUCUUUGAUCCUUACAGCAUUAUGAUGGGAAGUUCUCCAAGGUUUAACAAGUAUGGAAACGAAUUCGGCCUAGGGAAAGCACUAGCACUUCGAAGUGGCUAUUCGAAUAAGUUUGAUGGGAAAGUUUCAUUGUAUCCUGGAGCUGAAGGAGGAGGAAGUAUGGACUUGGAGACUUGCCUUCUACCUCAUUCCAUGAGUCUUCUUGAAUCAGACCCCGAGUUUAUGGGAACUAAAGGCCUCCUCUUUGCCAAGCCUCCAUCCUUCAACACUGAUACCCAAAUGAAAGACCUCUUGCUGAAACUGCAGGACUCUCUUUCCCUCACUCUUGUUCAUUUCUAUCCAUUAGCGGGUCGUCUCGUGACUCUGCAUCAAGAAAAUCCCCAUAUUUACACAAUCUAUGUGGACUGUAACAAUAGCCCUGGAGCUAGAUUUAUUCAUGCAUCCGUAGACUUGACCGUUGAUGAUGUUCUCUCACCAACUGAUGUGCCAGUGAUUUUUCAGUCAUGUUUUGAUCACCACAACGCCAUCAAUCAUGAUGGCCAUAACCUUUCUUUGCUGAGCAUUCAGGUUACAGAGUUGAAAGAUGGGAUUUUUAUUGGUCGCUCUGCAAACCGCAUGCUUGUUGAUGGAACAUCUUAUUGGCAUUUCUUCAACACAUGGUCCGAAAUCUUCAGUGCCAAGGGAGAAAAUGUAGUCAUCUCCAGGCCGCCUAUCAAUACGCGGCAUGGACCCAUUGUCAACCUUCCAUUCACUCACCAUGAUCAAUUCAUCCAAAGGCACGAGGCUCCUCCAUUGAGGGAAAGGAUUUUUCACUUCUCAGCAGAGACAUUGGCUAAACUGAAAGCAAAAGCAAACGUCGAAUGCAAUACUACGAAGAUUUCUUCCUUGCAGGUAUUGACUGCUCAUGUUUGGAGGUGCAUCACAAGGGCCAGGAAUUUCCCACCUGAUAAAGAAACAAGUUGUAGAAUGACAAUCAACAACAGGAGGCGGUUCAAUUCGCCCCUGCCGGAGGACUAUGUUGGCAAUUAUGUUCAGCAUGUGCAGGCUGCAACUACUGCUGGUGAAUUGCUGGAAAAUGGAAUUGGAUGGUCAGCCUGGAAUUGA